AUGGUUUCGCCAGUUCGUGGUAUAUCUUCACAAACUCGCUCCCACGUUCAAAUUAACAUUUAUGGCACCACCGUGGACGCGCUUCGAAGUCGAGGUGUCGAUUUGGAGCGUUUACUUUCAAGCCUUGGAUGUCGAUGCGUUGUUAUGGAUGUGCCUGAACUUCCAAGCGAGUCUACUGAGCUGGUGUCUGUUACAAGUUUUCAAGGCUGUGAGGAUUGGAUAAACGACAUAACUACUAGAAGUGGUCAGACAUCGGCAACGAAAGAGGCAGAUGUGGAGGUAGAUUCAGAGGACGGACUCCCUGUUUCUGCUGUGCAAGGAUCGGCUCAUAAUACUACCGUAUCCCGCACGUCGGUCCGGCCAAAAGCCUGCGAUCAGGUGACUGGGAGGUGCAAGGGAGGCGGUUUGGAGUCGCCUCCAACAAAGAAGCUCCACUGUGGGAGAGCGCAACGUUCUCCCAAAAGUCAUGAUUCCGGAGGAAAGCCUGGUACAGUAGCGCCAGGAAAGACGGGUUUGCAGGAGUCAUUUAGGCUACCGAAACGGAAAAGGACUAGGGCGACGAUCUGUACUUAUAACGCCCAAACACUUGCAUCGAAUGCGGCCAUCGAAGAUUUGAUGAUGCAAAUCAGGAAGAUUAAUUACGACGUCAUCGGACUGACCGAGACGAGAACCAUCAUCGACUGGGAGCUCUUCGCUUCGCUUGUCGGCUUUUGGGAAGAUACCAUCAUGGACAACAUUGACGACGAAUAUAAACGGCUUGUAGAACAUCUUCACGACUGUACGAGUAAAGCGAAGAGUUUUAAAACCACCAAGAAGCGCCUAUCUCCGAAAACCCCAGAGCUGAUACGUCAGCGUGGAGCUGCACGAGCUGCAGGCAACCAAGAACUCACGUCCGUGCUCGCAAGGCUUUGCAGAGAGGCGAUAAAGGAAGACCUCAAAGAGGGAAGAGCAGAAGUGUUGGGUGAAGCUGCAGAGGCGGGACAGGGCAUUCGCUACGCCCGUCGGAACUUUGCCAAUCGUAAAACAACAAUGACUGCUCUCCGGACCGCAGAUGGAACAACUACAGCAUCGAGAAGGGGGAUGGAAAAGGUCACUCACGACUUCUACUCAGAUCUCUUCGACAGCCACGUCCACUUGAAUCCUCACCAUUUGAGGGAAGAUGGACGUGUCAUUCAAAAGGUCCUUCCUUCCGACGGCCGACAUGCCAUUAUGUCGAUGAAGAAUCGUACUUCACCUGGUCUCGGCAGAAUCAAGCCUGAACAUCUGAAGUACCUACCGCCAGUCUUCAUCAACACACUGACGAGGCUCUUCACUCGUUAUCUGUCGGAAUGCAAGAGUGAGCCGCAGCCUUAUCGAGUACCUCACGAUCAUGAGAUUAACUGCUGUCCAAUUAUAUCCGAGCUUUCAGCGGACUCUUUUGUUGAUUCGAAGUUAUUUGUAAAUCCAAAGGAAGAUCCCGCUUCGCAAACUUUUCCCAUGAAAUCAUGCUUGGUAUUUGACGACGCUAAAUUGAAUAGUUUUUGUGUUGGCAGUGAGUCUUCAUCGGAGCGGAAGUUCGGAUUGCGUGAGCUGGAGGAGCUGCCGGGUUCUGAUACCGUCAUUAGUCGCAUGCCGCGCAGACGCGCUCCUCCUCCAUCGUUUUCACCACCUGAGCCGCGGGAAAUAAAGAGAAGGAGGAAAUUGAAACUGGCGUAUGGAAGCAGAACGGUAGUGAGAGGCGAUGGAACGUUUGAGUGUAAAAUUCCGGGUUGUGGUAAAAUCCUGCAUUUCAAGCAGAGUUGCCGAAGGCAAGGUUUGGAUCAUGUGAGAUCUCAUUUCCCUAAAAAAACCAGACGUUGCAAAAUUUGUGACUACUCUGGAAAUACUAAUGCAUCGGUUUACAACCACCACACUAGCUGUCAUAGCAGUACGCCUUAUCCGGGACCGGUCGCUGCUGAAACAAAGGAAGAUUUGGAACUUCUGCAGCGACUUUUCAGCCAAGCGUUUCCAGAAAUCCCGGGGAUUGAGUCAUACAUGAGUGUGAUCUCUUGA